CCCACACGGUGUCAACUUUCCCAGCACAAUGAACAAUCUCUGGCGUCACACCACCCCUGCAACCCGUGCCGCAUUGGGCUGCGAGUAAUGCAUAAGUAGUCCGCAGACCCGCCUUGAAAUAUGGGCAGCUUUCCCAAGCAUAUCAGCUUCAACAUCACAAUUACUUUUCUCCCUCAUAGCUAACGAGCUCACCGACCACACCGUCUCUGUCAGUUCCACAAUAUGUCUGCCUCUGCAAAUACCCAGAGUAAUACAGUUGUCUUCUCUAAAGAGGGAGAUCGUCCAUACGUGACACCUUACGUCCACAAACCAACAUUUCGCGUGGGAGAUCCGGUCUAUUUGCUUAACUCCGACGGAUCUCGUGAAGGACCGUACGAGAUUGCAUCAUUACCCUCUGCUGGAAAAUGUACUCUCAGCUCCGGAAGUGGCCAGCCCAUUAGAAACGGCGACGAGAUAGGGACUGACUGGGUGGAAUCUGCAUAACGAAAUAGUAUCUUGCACAAAUAAGAGUACGACUACUGGCGGC